AUGACGACAGUCUAUUCAGCAGCUGAAGUUGCAAGUCACGACAAUGAAAAAGAUCUAUGGAUGAUAAUACACGGCGGAGUUUAUGACUUGACUAAAUUUUUACAAGAACAUCCUGGAGGCGAGGAAGUUCUUAUGAAUCUCGCUGGACAAGAUGGCACCGUGUGCUUCGAUGAAAUGGGGCACACAGCUGAGGCCGUUUCACUCAGGGAAACCUACAAAAUAGGUGUUAUUGCAGAUGGCGACGUCGGGGCGCCAUCUUCCAGUUAUUCCAAAAAAGAGCCGACCGUAGAUGACGACAAUUGGGAGUACGAAGAAACUAAAGAAGAAACCUCAACUUUGCCAUAUUUGUUCACCGUUUACGAUGUCACCCCGUUCCUGAACGAACACCCGGGAGGAGAAGAAGUUCUUCUUGACCACAAAAGUGUCGACGCAUCUGAGGACUUUGAUGACGUCGGGCACUCGGCAGAUGCCCAAGAAUUGAUGAAGAAAUAUAUGAUUGGCGAAAUAGUCGCUUCAGAACGGUCGAAUAGUGCGCCAAAAAAAGGAUGGACUACUGGACAAAACAAAACAAAUCAACAAAAAGUCGAAGGCCCACCGAUUCUCUUUUACAUGAUCGUCGGCGGGUUCCUGUCUUUUUUAAUUGCCGCUUGGUAUUUUAAACUCGGUGCUUGA